CAGAACCAAAUCGAAAAUAGGAAUACAAAACGAAAAACAACUGGCAGUAUGCUCGGAAUCGAGCAUUUGCUCUUUGUAUUAACUACAUUUGCCUUUCCACCAGUGGCACUGACCGUCUUGCUAUGCAUCAUUCUGGCAACAUUUGGAAAGUCCCUUGGAUUGCGGCAGAUGUACGUGGACACAUUGAUCAACAUAUUCGAGUGGGGUGCUCGCCAAAUCAAAACAACCGAAAAGAUUAGAAGGAAAGAGAGCGCUCUGACCGCUCCAUUUUUUCUCAACAAGCUUUCCGAAGAAGCCGAUGACGACGAAGAUGAGAUCAGAAGUAUGGAGACUCCACAUUUUGAAGCCACAGAUGGAAUCACGGAUGAUGAAAUUGAGGCUCGGAGUGAAACGGAAAGCCAUGAUUCUGGAGAAGACUUUCCGUCAGUUGACUCUGACUUUGGUGACGAGUCGUGUUUAAAGAGAAAGUUUGGAUCAACUACUAGUCUCGCCUCCGUUGGAUCAUGCUGCAGUCUCCGAAAUAGAAAGAUGUCUGAAAGCAGCACAUUGGGAAUCAUCAAACGAGAGACACAAAUCUACCUUGACGAUAACUUUUCUGAAGACAUUCCUGAUGAGGUGUUUGUCAGAAGUCGAGGAUGGGCUGCAAUUCGUGAUUCGGUAGAUUUUGUGAAGGCUGGAAUGGAGGCGAUAAUUGAGGACGAGGUGACGAGUCGGUUCGAAGCGGAACAGUUGGUGAGCUGGAACAUGUUGACCAGAACCAGCAUCAAAUUUUAUCAGUUUGUCAACUGGAAGUUGAGUGCUCUAUGGAUUCUUGGGUUCAUGUUCCGCUACUGCGUUAUGUUGCCACUUCGCUUCACUGUUUUCUGCAUCGGUCUCGUGUUUUUGAUCAGUUCGACAGCGCUCAUUGGUCUUGUUCCAAUUGGAAACUGGAAAAAAGCUCUCAACCACAAGUGUAUGCUUAUUUGCUACCGAAUCCUUUCAAGAAGUCUCACGGCUGUGGUAUACUUUCACGAUGAACACUAUAAAGCGCAGGCACAAGGAAUCUGCGUCGCAAACCACACCUCUCCAAUUGAUGCUCUCAUUCUUUCCAUCGACAAUGUAUAUGCAUUGAUCGGACAGAAACACGAAGGACUCUUGGGUAUUGUACAAAGAGCACUUUCGCGAGCUUCAAGUCAUAUUUGGUUUGAGAGAAGUGAAGCCAAGGAUCGUCUUGUAGUUGCUCAAAAAUUGAAGGAACAUUGCACCAAUCCGGAUAAACUUCCAAUUUUGAUCUUCCCAGAAGGCACCUGCAUCAAUAACACGUCUGUUAUGAUGUUUAAGAAAGGAUCUUUUGAGAUUGGCACAACCAUCUACCCAAUUGCAAUGAAAUACGAUUCACGUUUCGGAGACGCGUUCUGGAACAGCUCAGAGCAAUCGUGGUGCGGAUAUAUCAUGAGAAUGAUGACUUCGUGGGCCAUUAUUUGCAAUGUCUGGUACCUGCCGCCAAUGACAAGACGAGAUGGAGAGGAUGCCGUCGACUUUGCGAACCGCGUGAAAAAAGAAAUUGCCAACAAAGGUGGCCUGGUCGAUUUGGAAUGGGAUGGAGGACUGAAGAGAGCAAAAGUUCCGCCAAAAAUGGUGGCCAAGCAGCAAGAACGAUAUGCCAAUCGACUUUCUCGCUAUACGUCUGUAUCGGAAGUUGUCAAGGAUGAAGAUGUAGAUGUUACUUCUGAUUCUUCUUCAGAUUUGGUAGACAAGCCGGUAUCUGGAUACAAUUCUCUUGAGGAUUUGCCAGAAGACGUUUUUAUCGACGAGGAGGAAGACGAAACAAUAGAUGCACACGAUGAAAAUGAAAAUGACGAUCCUGCCGGCGAAUCAAAUAUUCUUCCUAACAAACCUCUUUCCGAUACAGUUUCUUUGGUGAAAACUUGAUCACCUCCCCACCACCUCCCACAGACACAAAUGAUUAUCAUUUUAUAAUUUUAGGGUUCCAUUCUUACGGAUAACAUCAAGAGUUUUCAAUUCUCUCAUUAGUAUCAUGUCAAAUCAACCAUAACUUGUUUGUUUCUUUUUCAAAUCAGAUGACGUUGACGUCUACGUUUUAUACAACUCUCUAGCAGCUCUUAUUUUUGAUUCUACAGCACGUGUUUUUGUCCCCCACCCUCCCCCACUAAUGUCUUGUCUUGUGUAGAAUUAUCGAGGUCUAAUUUUUCAGGAAAGUGCGUUGUAGUCCACAUUAGGUAGUCACUGAUUUAUUGACGGGUUAUUUACAGCCGAUUCCGUUUUUGCAUUUGAUUGUUUAUUACACUAUGAAAAUAACAAUUGAAUAAAUUGUUCUCUUU